UAGACUUGUGUGAGUUGAGAGAGAGAUCAGUGGAGAUCGCAGAGGAUCAAAAAUGGCGGAAGCUAAGGGAGCGGUGGUGAAGCACGUAUUGCUUGCUAAGUUCAAAGAUGGCGUAAGCCCUGAGACAAUCGAAGAGCUUAUCAAAGGUUACGCCAAUCUCGUCAAUCUCAUCGAACCUAUGAAAGCUUUCCACUGGGGAGAAGAUGUGAGCAUUGAGAAUCUGCAUCAAGGUUACACACACAUCUUUGAAUCCACAUUUGAGACCAAAGAAGCUGUUGCAGAGUACAUUGCUCAUCCUGCUCACGUUGAAUUCGCCACCAUCUUUCUUGGCAGCUUGGAUAAAGCAUUGGUUAUUGACUACAAGCCUACCUCUGUCUCUCUCUAAUUAUGUGUUGCAGCAGCAUUUUCCUCUUUCAUCUUUUUUUCUCGGGUAUGUAUGUCGAAUAAAGCUAUUUCUUUUUGCGUUAUGAUGGCCUUUGGUUUUCCUGCAUUGUUCUCAUGAUUCUGUGUGAAUUUCUUCUAUCUCUCUUUUUUUUUUUUUUUUGGGUUCCUUCUGUUGCAUUAGACUUGAUGUGUAAAAGAUCAUGAGUUUACUUGAUAAUGAAGAGUGUUUGAUUUCAGAUUA